AACGCACUCUCGUCUUUCUCCUCCGUGUCAAAUCUCUCCCCAUAAACCCUUAAUUAUUAACCAACAAAACAAAAGCACAAUCCUAACCCUAACCCAAACCCACCACCCCUCUAUGAACGCACCACCCCAACCACAACAGCCACCACCAGGCACUGCUACCACAUCCACCUCUGGAGAAUGCGGAAAUUGCAGGACCCACACCCGUCUCUUCCUCCACAGAGUCCGCCUACGUGGCAUCCAACAGAAUCUCUGCACUUCCUGUGUUCUUCGCCUCUACCCUUCAUCUUUUUGCCCAAUUUGCUUCAUUUUCUACGAUUCUAAUCCCCCUCACCCUUCUGAACGCCUCACCUGCGCUAAAUGCGCUUCCUUCACCCAUUCACAUUGCGCCACGUCAUCCUCACUUUCGUCCCCCUUUCUUUGCCCUCGUUGUGAAGACCCCACCACGUUCAAUUUUUUUAAAGCCCCACCUGCAAAAACCACAAACACAAAUCCGAAUGCGAACACGACGGACAGCGUGCCCUCUGUUGAUAAUAAAAAUGUUCAUGUAAUUGACUCCAAGUCAGCAGCGAUGCUGCUCUGUGCGGCGAGGAUUGCAGCAGCGUCGAUGAGGAAGGCCAUGUUGGUGGCGAGAAUUGAGGCGGAGAAAAAGUCGAAAGAGGCUGCCGUAGCGAGGAAGAGGGCCAGAGAAGCCUUGGAGCAUGUGGGUUUUUUAAUAAGUAAGAGUAAUAAUAAUGAUAAUACAGACAGAAACUUUGAUAGGUCUGGGUCUGUUCAGCAUUCUGUCUCUGGUAACGCUAGCUGUUUUAAGGUUAAUGAGAAGCAACAACAAAGUUUGUCUAUGUCCAUGUCUCCUAAGGAGUUGGUUAAUAAUGUUACUGUUAAUGAUAAUCGAUAGCUACAAUUUGUAGAAGAGGGAUUUGGUUUGAAUUUGUAAGUUCGGAAAAGAAAUUCUUUAGAAAAUGGAUAGCUACGAGGUAGAAUUUUGGAGUUUCUAAGUUGUUUUGUGUAAUGAUUGUUUUAACUUGUUAUGUGACUUUUUAUAGGUACAUUCAAUUGUUAGAUUUUAUCAUGUGAAGAGAAUAUAGAGUUGAAUUCGGUAUCAUGUGCCCGGUUGUAUUUUUUCUCUGCUGAUCUUUUUCAGUGGGAACAUAGUUGUACAUGUGGCAGAGCUUGUGUGAAA